AGGCUGCAUACUGCUAGGAGACGGGACGGGUUGGACAGAGACGGGUAAUGGGAGGGGAAGCAGGACCGGGAAAGAGGGAGAGAGAGAUAGGGAGGAAAUGGUUUCAGAGCGGGGUAAAGGGGAUGUGCCAGUAUCCUGUGUCCAGACGAGUUUGACUCCUGCCUGGGUGGGUGCGUGUGUGUGUGUGUGUGUGAGCUGAGCUGAGUGAAGCAUCAGGGGCAGCAGGGCGAUGGUGGUGUCAGGGCCGAACUGAAGAUGACUCCUCAGCACAGGGCCAGUCCUCAGAUCUCAAAACACCAGGGGGAGGAGGCCAGCACACAUGAGAAGAAGAAGAUGAAGACGAUGCUUCAGAGGCGAAGGACGGCUCAGUCUGUCAUAAGCAGAGCUCUCAGCAAGCCCAGAACACAAACCAGGGCUGGCAUCUCUGUGGAGCGCUGCCCCUGGCAUGUGAAUCAGCCCGAUGUAGCGUUCACACAUGGCUCCUUCUUCGUCAUGGAGGACCAUGUUUACCUCACCAACGGACUGCAGACUAAGGAGAGACACCUCUUCCUUUUCACAGACGUCCUCAUCAUUGCCAAGUCCAAGUCCUCAGCCAGUCUUAAGGUGAAGGCGCAGGUGAGGCUUAGCGAGAUGUGGCUCGCCUCCUGUGUGGAGCAGGUCACAGAGCGCAAACUCAGCUCCAAAAACUCCUUCGUUAUCGGCUGGCCCACAACCAAUUAUGUUGUUACCCUCAGCUCCACAGAGACUAAGGAGAAAUGGCUGUCAACUCUGAAAUGGUACAUUGUUAAGUCCAAGCAGGAUGAGCUCCCAUCUAAAAUUGCCAUGGGACUCCUAGUGCUGCUGGAUGAUCGGGUCUUUACUGCAGCACUUCAACUGGAUAGCAGUGCCACGGCUGAUGAUAUCAUCCAGACAGUUGCACUUCAAUAUGAAUUAAGAGGACCACCGGCGGAGUGUCAGCUCUGGGUGGAGUCGGCGGCGGAGGAAGCUCCGUGUGUCCUCAUCGGGCACGAGUGUCCGUACAGCAUCAUCCUCCAUCACCUGCGGGUGUCCGAGUGCCUGCCAAUGGUGCGGAGCAGCCUGCUGACGGCCGAGGGCACCCUGCACCUGGAGCUCCUGCCCAGAGAGGUGCCCGUGCCCCUCUUCACGUUCAGGGCCCGCAGUGUCAGGCACCACCCCACCCAGACCGAUUUCUCUCAGAAGCAAAGGCGGAAGAGAUCGCUCAUAGACUGGGCACUGCGACGAGGGACCAGCAACCAAUCAAGCUGCCCCCCAGACUCCCCCUGCAGUGCUCUGUUUGGCCAGCCGCUGUCCACUAUCUGCCCCCAUGGAAGUCCACCUCAGCCCAUCAUGGACAUGCUCUACACACUAUACCGGGAAGGACCGUCCACCCAGGGGAUUUUUCGGCGCUCAGCCAAUGCGAAGAGCUGCAGAGAGCUCAAAGAGAAGCUGAAUGGUGGCAUGGAGUACUUACCGGAGGGAGAGUCUGUGCUUGUCAUCGCGGCUGUCUUUACUGACUUCCUGCGGAGUCUACCAGGCAGCGUCCUGGGCUCCCAUUUGUGCGAGCGGUGGAUGGAGGUGACUGAUGUGGAAGAGGAGGAGGAGUGGAGAGCAGUCAUCGCAAGCUUGGUGGCUGAGCUCCCUGAGGAAAAUAGCACCCUGCUGCGCUACAUGUUCUGGGUGUUGCACCGAAUCCACCAGCACUCGGAGGACAACCAGAUGACCGCCUCAAACCUGGCUCUCUGCAUUGCCCCCAGCAUGCUGACACUGCCCUCACCGUCCAGCGCCGAAGAGGAGACCAAAGCCAUGAAAAAGGUUGCUGAACUCAUUCAGCUGCUCAUUGAGAACACUCCCUCCAUUUUUGGUGAGGAUGUAGGAAGACUUCUGCUUCAGUGGAGGAACAUGAGGGAUGAGCAAGUGGUCUGUGAGGAGACUGGCCUGCCUGCCAAACAGAUGGGUCAAAAGGCGGCCUCCUCCGUCUCUCUCCUCUCCCCCCCUGACCACUUCCUCGUGCCCCUGGCCGCUCUCGCCCUCCGGGAGGACGUGGGGUUUGCUACACCGUCUGUGUCCAGCGUCUCCGUUUGCUCCAUCCCCGCCGGGCUGGGUCACCUGCGCUCGUCUCGCUGCGCCUCCGAACCGACUGUUUGCCCCGCUCAGCCGACCGGCCACGUCCCUGUGGCCCGCCAGUCCAGCUGUGACGCAGCCGUGAUGGGCGGCUCGUCCGGCCAAUCGCAAAGCCCCAGCACGCAGGCGCGUCACUUCCAGGCCAAGCAGAAGCAGGCGUGGCGGGGCGACGGCAGCCCGAGGACGGGGAAGGGCCGCUACUCGCUGUGGAGGUCACCGCAGAUCGCCCCGCGCCUCCACCACACAGCCGGCCACCAGCCCAGCCUCUCCAGCCUGUCCUCCACGGCCACCUCCUCCGUCAGCUCGCUGGACAGCGCCCUGGACAGCGCCCUGUCGCUCACGUCGUCUGAGACGCUCUCCAGCCCCAACGACACUGCGUCCCGCCCUUUCCUCUUUGGCGCCACCGCCAGGCUCCGCCCACUGACGCCGGACGUGCCGCGAAAAUUCCCGCCGGACUGGAGUAUGGCCUUCCCUCAUGAGGAGGUGGACGGUGAGGGUGAGGAAGAGGAGGGUGAGGAAGAGGAGGAGGAGGAGGAGGUGGAUGAGGAGGCCAAGAGACGGAGCGAGCGAGGAACCUGGGCUGGAGUGACAGAUGAAGAGCAGGUGGAGGCGGCCGAGGGUGAGGGCGAAAGAAGCAGCUCCCGUUGGAGGGGCCGGCCUGACGUGACGAUGACCGUCUGCCCUGCUUCUGUUGGGGAUGGGGAGCAGGUGCUGUGGACCAGUGAGAGCUGGGGUGAGCAGAGUGUCACAGGACCCCACAGGGGUCAGGGUAAGGCCAGAGAGACCUCGGUCACACACAUCAAGCUGAGUAGCUCUUCUGUCCAGCUGCCCACACGUUCCAACUUGCCUGAAGUGGAAAAGGUGCAAAGGACUAAAAUUACAUUCUAUGCCUCAUCCGCAACUCUGACCGUCAAAGAACCUGCCGCGCGCCUGGCGACAGAUCCGAGGGAGGAUUCACCAAUCCCAGCAGGAACUGCCAGUCCCCAGAACCACACAGUGCGUGUGCACAUCCCGCAGACUGUGUUCUACGGUCAGAACGCGCCUCUGGUGCUCCGCUCGGUCUCCACGCGAGCGCCGGCCGCCCCUGACAUCACAGAUGGUGUGGACUCACCGGCACACACUGGCUGUCCACGCACCCGAAUCACAGUGUCAGGGGGCAUCAGUCUGUCCAAUAAUGCCUGGCAUGGAGCUCCAACUGCCAAUGGGGCUGAGGGCACAGUGGCGGUGCAGGUGACAGGUGCCAGCCAGGAUGUGAUAGCCAGUGGCGGUGGCAGGGGCUCCCCUGGGCCCACCGUCCCCCCGAGCUCGCCCAAGCCACACAGUAGGGCCUCUGCAGCUAUCCGCCACACCAUCCGCAUCAAGCUGCCCGCCAUGGUGCGCAACACCGUCCGAGAGUACUUUAGCCACAGAGAGGGUGACGGCCCCAGCACGAAUGCCCGGUCGGCGGCCAUGGAGAAGGAGCUGGUCAUCAACAGACUGCAGUGGCAGAGGAGAGACCCCCAUUGCUCCCUGCCUGAGGGCUGUCCAGCCUCCGCGUAUUCAGACAAAGAGGAUCCUUAUAUCUAGCCACGUACACAUUUCAGAUGAGGGAAUUGCACUUUUGACUGUUUUGCAUGUAUUUACUGUAGGGCACGGAAGACAUACAACCCCAAAACAAAAAAAGUUGGGAUGUUGUGUAAAAUGCAAAUAAAAACAGCUUAUGAUAAUAUAC